AUGUCUUCAACAACCUCUACCCAUGACAAAUCAUCUGAUAAGGCUAAGGAUUUGACUAGAAAUAAUGGAACAAUCAACGAUACACAUCAAACAACAGAAGCUCACAAACACACCAAUACACGUCGCAAGUCAGAUGCAGAAAAACAUGCUCAUGUUGACGCACAUGUGAAAAUUGCUCAUCCAGCACACACACAUACGGAUUCGCACGGAAAAACAGCAACGCAUGUCAAAGCUGUUAAUCGAAGUCCUCGACGUAAAUCUAAUGCUGAUGAAUUACAACAGGAUACACACGGAAAAACAACAAUACAUAGUCACACGAACACACAUGGAAAAGCUGGUGGGCACAGUCCGCGUCGAAAUUCUAAUGCUCAUGAACAUGCGAACACGCAUGGAAAAGCUGCUACGCAUAGUCCUCGUCGCAAUUCCAAUGCUCAUGAAUCACAUCAGGAUACCCAUGGUCAAUCAGACACACAUGGAAAAGCUGGUACACAUACUCCGCGUCGCAAUUCUAAUGCUCAUGAACCAAAAGACGAUACUCAUGACCAUGCGAAUAAACACGGAAAAGCUGCGACGCAUAGCCCACGACGCAAAUCCGAUGCUCAUGAAUCACAUCAGGAUGCUCAUGGUCAAUCAAAUAUACAUGGAAAAGCUAGUGCACCUAGUCCGCGUCGAAAUUCCAAUGCUCAUGAACAGACGAACACGCAUGGAAAAGCUGCUACGCAUAGUUCUCGUCGCAAUUCCAAUGCUCAUGAAUCACAUCAGGAUACCCAUGGUCAAUCAGACACACAUGGAAAAACUGGUACACAUAGUCCGCGUCGCAAUUCUAAUGCUCAUGAACCAAAAGACAAUACUCAUGAUCAUGCGAACAAACACGGAAAAGCUGCUGCGCAUAGCCCACGACGCAAAUCUGAUGCCCAUGAACCACAUAAGGAUAGUCAUGGUCAUUCAACCACAUACGGAAAAACAACAACACAUAGUCACGUCGUCACACAUGGAAAAGCGGUUACACAUCAUAAAUUGGAUGCUAACCAACCAGAAAAUGACAUACGCGACGAAGUUAAGCCUGAAAAAAUCGAAUCCAAUGAAGGCGAACCGCAUAAUGUUGAACAGACAGAAACUAACGAUGCAGUUGCUACUGGAACGUUGGAAACUACGGAAGACAACGCCGAUAGACAUUCUGACAAAACCGAUCAAAGCCAAUCAUAA